UGCUAAAGUUUAAAGUUUUGUAUCCUUCCUUUCCUAUCCUAUUCAAUCUUUCUGUGUCACGCUGCUGUCACUGAUUUGCAUUCUUCUGUCAUUGUCAUGUGAACUAUGCCCUUUAACCUACUUUUUUUUUCUGCUCAACUUUGUACUUUCUUAUAGAAACAAAUUCCUGCUGUAAUAGCCUAUGGUGCCAGAUAAGCUUUUGUUGUAUUUGUUUUUGGUACUUUAUAAGUGUUUAAUUUUUAAUGCUUUUGUUUGAACAAGAGCUGAUGUGCCUUGAGUACUGAAAGUAGUUUUUUUUUUUUUGAAUAAUUAACCAGACAGACCGAAGUCUGUCACAACUAUGUGUCAGUUUGUCAGUACAUGCUUUAACAUAUUUUUCUGGCGUUACUUCAUUUCCCCUUUAGCUGAUUCCUGCAAUGACCUGUGGUGACUAAUGAGUGCUAAGCUAUCUGUUUCUUACAUGUAAAGAAACUGGAAUUGCUUGUUGUCAGUCUAGAAUAUAUCAGGGUGCCUUGUAAAUAGUUUUCGGAAAACAUUUAUGUUAAAAAUGGAGUCUUUUGUUAAAUUUACAAACCAGAGCCAAGGCAGAGAUCGUGUUUUCAGAGCUAUACAGAAUGCCUGCAUGUUCCUUAAUCACAUGCUGAAAAACAGGGCAGGCUAUGAGCAGCUGGCAAAAAAACUAAAGCAGCUGGAAUUAAACAUGAGCACAGGCCGAAAGUUGUUUCGACUGGGUAACAUGAUUCAUGCAGUAGAAACAGCUAGAAAGACAUAUCAGUUAUCUGACCCUGUGCUUCGCUUUUGCCUUACUGUCUCCAGCCUGACACGAGUGGCUUAUUUUGUAUGUGACAACAUACUCUGGGCUAGAAGCAUUGGCUUCCUUUCUAGUAUUGAUAAGGAGAGGUGGAGUCUACGUGCUUCCAAGUACUACUUUGCCUCACUACUGAUAACUUUAGUACGAGAUCUGUAUGAGGUUGUCCAACAGAUGGACCAAAAAAGACAAGACCCAAAGCAGCAGAAAGUCAACAGGCACAGAGAGCAAAACCACCCUCAGGAGAGCAGAAACAGAGAACAUAUAAUGGAGGUUAACUUCCUGCUGUCUUUUAUGCUAAUUCUACACAUUCUGAAGAGCAAUCCUCCAUUACUGAUGGAUCUGGUGAAGAACCUCUGUGAUUUAUUUGGUCCUCUAGACAGGCUAAGUGUUUACAAGACCAGUCCUGCAGUAGUGGGGCUUUGUGGCUUCAUCUCAUCAUCACUGGGCAUACUUACUGUUGCUCAGCCAGUUCUCAGACUGAAGCCAUAGACAGGUUUAUUUGAAAACUUGGAUGACACUAGUGAUGAACAGUAAGAGUUUUACUGUGAUAACAAUAAAUGUUUGUAAAAUGUCUUCUGUUGAACAUUAAAAAAUAGUGUGUAAAUUGCAGUCCUAAGAUGGCUAAUCUCUAAAUAUAUGAUUUUUUAUUAUUCGUUUGACCACAAUGAGACAUCUGAAUGUACUCACUCAAGAAAGUAGCAGUAAUUGCUUAAAAUGCUUUAUUUUGUAUUUAUUUUUAUUUAUUUAUUUUUGUGUUUAUGUAUGUGUUUGAAUGUGUACCUGUGUGUGGACAUUAAAUGCUUACAUAACUUA